UCACCAACCUUUACAAUUACUCAAAUGUCGCGAUUAUGACACACUCCAUCCAUCUACUAACCUGUUAAAGAUGUCCGUUACCACUUCACGCCGUGUGGCAGAUGUAUCACUCCGCCUCCUUCGCAGGGGGUCCUGUCUUAAUUACCAUUCGAUAGGUGGCGUAAUUAAACUAAAUAAACUGCGCAUGUUUGUGGAUGGCCGUAGCUGGUCCGGAGACACUAUGGUGAAAUGCACGCCAGUCGAUGCCUGCAGUGAAAUAGAUUAAUCGCUGGUAGCUAUGACAUGUAUAAAGAUACAGAGAAAACAAUAUACACGAACUAGUAUGGCACAAGAGGGUGGGAAGGCGCUCCAUCAACUCUUGUUUAUUUUACCGUAAACCGUUGACACAUUUAACAGGAUGUCGUAAUGACUUUCAAAUCAAUUUGAUAACACGAAUCUUCUGUUCUCAUCACCACCCCAGGUCAUCGUUGGGAGACUGUUUUACGUACUUGCAAUUAUAUCAAAUCUUAACAUAGUUUAUGUCGUACAAUAUGUGAACCAGGUUUGGCGGUGAGUUUUCGGAGUUGCCGUGUUCUCAAUAACAUAUACAUGUAUAGAAAAAAUGAACAUCUUCAAAUGUCUGCCUGUUUAGUAUCAAAUCAUCACAAAUCGUUUGGUUUGCUUCAGAGAUACUAGUUAUGUUUCAAGUGGAUUGUUUAACAAGUGAUAAAGGUGAAUGAGCCAAUACAUUGAUACGCACCAAGGUAACUCAGGGUACAUCUGUGUUGUGCACUUUGCUAUCACAGAUGACAUAUUCACAUGAUAACAUGUAUCUUGAAAUAUUUAAAUUAAUUUGACGGGAUAACUUAUUCCUUUCCGACUUUUCUUGAACAGGGCCGUAUUCCAUCCUCAGUGCAGACAAUGGGUCAUCCGGGCAACCCAAGAGAAAGCGAUCCUGGUCACGUGCUGUCUUCUCCAACCUUCAGAGAAAGGGCUUGGAGAAGAGAUUUGAGGUGCAGAAGUACGUUACGAAGCCAGACAGACGACAGCUAGCCGCCAUGUUGGGGUUGACGGAUGCACAGGUGAAAGUGUGGUUCCAAAACAGACGGAUGAAGUGGCGUCAUGCACAGCAACAGAAAGCCAAAGAGGACGAAGGUACGCCAGAUGGCGAGACCGGAAGUAAGGAAGGAGAGGAAAGGGCGUUAGACAAGGUUGAUAUCGAGGCUGACUCCGAAGAAGAAAGCGACGAGUGCGACAAAGAGGAAGAGAUUUCAAUAGACAGUGGAGUUGAGGAAACAGAUGUAUUGUGUUCCAUGGUAAGCCAGGAAGAGAGUGCCAAAUAGAAAAGGUCGGACAACAGCGUGUAUGCGCAACGAGCUAUCUGAACCAGUGGCACUGUCAAGAUGAACUGCAGUUAAACGUCACUGUCCAAUGAGCGAUCUUCUUCUGAUCACGUGGAGAAUAUUUAUAAACUGAGUAACGUUCUGCAUGCAAAUUGCGAGCUGCACGUGCGCAACAUGCAAACUGUGAUAUUUGGCUGUGCUUUAAGCACGAUAUAGGACCAUUUGCAGUACGUGAAGACAUAUUUAAUAGGACACUUCUGUAGGAUGAAAAUGUUCGAUCUUUCGACGACAGUAGCUAUGCAUCUAGAUUAUACUGUCAAUCUUCCUACAAAAGUAGCAACAGACUUGUUCUCUAAAGCUAUCUCGACCUUGCUGUUAGUAUUUAACUGAAUCCUGUGGCAUAUACUAUUGUGUCAAAGCUUAUUCAAGUUCAAGGUAUGGAAGCCCUGUACAGAUAUAUAUGCUGGUGUGGUUGUCAACAUGCGACAGGUUUCUUGAAGCACAACAACAUUCACAGCCAGAUCUUCAGUUGUAUAAAUUUGUAUUUAUGAACAUGUUCAUAAAUAUGUUCUUGUAAAUAAAUUAUGAAUAUGGAACUCAUUGUUAUUUCAAUCGUUUAAAACCCGUGAUGAUAAACGUCUCUGUUAAACAAGCACCAUGAUGUAUUUUGAGUUCGACAGGACAAGUCAAAUGCUAACGCGCCACGCGUUAGAGUUACACACAUUCGUGAUGUUGAAUAUUCCAACAUGCCAUGGUAUCGGAGUACGGUUCUUAGUGUUUGGUUGCUAUAGUUACGAUUCUUCUCAAGUACACAUAAUGGUAAUUGGCACGCAUGUACAUACCGCAGCUACAGGAUACACGGCAAUUUCUGACAUGUAGACAGAUGCAUUCAUUUCUAAGAGGCUUUUUAUAAAUUAUCAAUUCUCGGAUACUUUUUUAAGAUGAAAAGUGUUCAUGCAGAUAUGUUUUCUUCCGUUUUAAUGUCAACAUGGCCAAAUUUAAUCUUGCACUGGCGUCACACCACGGGCACCACGAAAAGUAGCUUUAUGUAUUUGUGGGUACAUUUAUCUCAAUGUACCUUUCACUUCCGAGAACGUAGCAACACUCUUUUUAGACUUGUUCCCGGCUCUCUAUGAGCUGCUUCAUCUUUGCUAUGAAGACAUCAAUUUCGCGACAGAUGAUCUUUCCGGAUGGUUAUCUGAAGGGGCCAUCUUCUCACAGUUUCUACGUCCUAAAGCUAAGAGACUUUUCACCAAAUCUAAACAUCUAAUUUAACAUUAUUAAUUCGAAUGGAUGUAAUUCUUGUGUAUCGCCCAGGAAACUAGAGUAAUACACAAGCCAAAUAUUUUAUGGACCCAUUCCUAAAAAACACUGUGCUUGGCGUUUAGUGAAACAUAAGACUUGCGAAUAUUCAGUAAUAUUCUCCUGAAUAUAUUACUGAUGAAAUUCAAAUGAAAAAGUGAAGUCGAACCCAUAUCAACAUACCAAAGUAAUAAAGUAAUAAAUUGGUGGUUUAACAAAAUUUAAUCUGUCAAUUUGGUCCGGAUAUGUCCCGACCUAGGCCUCGUCUUCCCUGACGAACAUACCCUCUGCCCUUGCAUCGAAGCAAUGACGCACAACCACACACACACAUACACACACACACCUCAACCAUGUCCCGCGCCCUUGACGUAAACCUGACGUAAAUACAACACCUUUGGCGCACACUAUUCCAUGGCCAUGACGUGCUGUGGAGGUAAUGCCAUGUAAUACUCCGCGACCAUGAUGUUCUGUUGAGGUAAUGCCAUGUAACACUCCGCGACCAUGAUGUUCUGUCGA